AUGGUCAAAUACGUUCAAUCGCAGUACUUUCAAGACAAGACUAUGCCUAGAAUAUACCUUAGUGCUAUAAUUGUGUCAUUUAUCCCAUUGUACUUUUAUAUGCGUGACCGUUACUACGAAGACAAACAGCUAAAGAUUAUUCGUGAAAAGUACGCCAAUGACCCGGAUUCGUUAAGUGAGUACGAGUACCUUGCUUUGAAAUCGUUGAAUCAGACUGAUAAGCUUAGGCCAUUGGAACAGAAAAAGUACAAAAUUUACCAGCUUAUGAGGAAAGAGUUUAGACGCAAAAAUUUCUUGUCUGGCGAGAUGUUUAAUCCCACCCCAGAGGAAUUGGAUGAGUGGUAUAUGAAGCAGGCUCGAUUCGGUGGCAGGAAGAAAAAAGCACCCGUGUUACAGGAUGUUCUGGAAGAGUACAAAGUCAAUUUUGACAAUACAUCCAUAGCUCCACCCGAAGACACCACUGAUUUUUAUGAUACCAAAGCGAAAGAAUAUGAUGAUGCUGUAAAGUGGGAAGAACGUGGAAUAUUCAUGGGAAUUAGAAGACGAUGGUUGAUGUCGCAUGUUCAGGGUGAUGUUUUGGAAGUUUCUUGCGGAACUGGUAGAAAUAUCACUUACUUAUCGUCAUAUAUUGACAAGAUCAAAUCCAUAACAUUUCUUGACUCGUCAAAGAAUAUGGUCGAAGUAACGAAGGAAAAGUUUGAAAAGGCGUUCCCCAGUUUCAAAAAAGUUGCUUUUACUCAAGGAAAGGCUGAAGAUUUAUUGAAGAUGGCACCCAGAGAUCAGUCGUUAAAGUAUGAUACCAUUGUGGAGGCUUUUGGGUUGUGCUGCCACGAGGAUCCAGUUCAAGUUUUACGGAACAUGGCCAAAUUGUUGAAGCCUGGAGGUAGAAUCGUUUUGCUUGAACAUGGACGGUCAAAAUGGGAUUUCAUCAACAACCAUUUAGAUUUCAGAUCAGACAAGAGGAUGCAAAAAUGGAAAUGCAGGUGGAAUUUGGAUAUUGGUGAGUUGGUUGAUGAGGCUAACUUAGACAUAACUUUGGAAAAAAGAGCUCAUUUGAGUACUACUUGGAUGUUGGUAUUGAAACGACCAGAAGACCCAAUCACUUUGGAUGAGAAACCGUUUUUGGAUAAGUUGUUUGGAAGAGAAACGAAAUCGUUUAGAAAGUAA